AAAAUAAAAUAUUUUACAAACAAAUAAAGUUAUGGUAAUUCUCAACUUACCAAUUGAAAGUUAAGGUAAUUCCGCAUCCAACGAGCCCUAUAUGAAGUAUUUUGGAUAAGUAGAUUGUUAAUAAACAAUUGCAGAACAAUUCGAGAACUUUUAAUUUUUUGUUCGGACAUUUCAGGAAUUUUGCCUCAUAUCAACCAAUUCGUUUCGAUGCAGAGAAUAAAAUUAUUUUAUAUACAUAUAAACAUGAAUUGAUGAAAACAACAUUUAUAGCUAAAAUGUGAAUUUUUGAUUUUUUAACUUACAUUAAUGCUAUUAAUUUCAAUCAAAUCUAUAAUUUAUAUAAAAUUUUUUUUAAAUUAAAAAAAAAUUUUGGAAAAAGACGAUAAAUUUUUUUUUGGGGGUAUUUUUAAAAUUUCUCUUGUCAUAUUUGAGAGAUAAAUGUGAUAAAUAAGCCAACUAAAUUUUACCCAAAUUAAAACCAGUUAAAGAUAUCGUGUUCACAAAAAUGACACACACACACACACAUACAUCCGGACAAUUGAUCAGGAUCUCAUAUAGCAUGUUUCUAUAUAGAGGAAAAUUUGUUUUCACCAUUUCUACACGGAGAGAAAAAUCAAAAUAGAAUACUAAUUCUGAUUGAUCUGUAAACUAUAAACGCUUAAGAACAUGAUAAAAUUGCCUUCCUUCUCUCUAUAUAAAAUUUGCUUGAAAUCUAUGCGCUUUUCGGAUGGAUUUCUUGCAAAUGGGACUGGACCCUUCGACCGACACGUGAACGGAAGUCACGCAAGCGCACUAUCAUUUCUAUCUCCGUUGCAAGAAAUCCAUCCGAAAAUCGCAUGGAUUUCAAGCAAAUUUCGCAUUGAGUGGAGGAGAGUAUUUACGACAUGGACUUGAAGCAAAUAUAGUACAUGUUCCAAACUUUUCUUGCAUAGAAAUCUACCUUAUUGUCAAGACAUAUCUAAAAGGAACAGAAAGAAGCGAUGCCAAAAGAGCACCUAGAAGAACCUGCCACCAGUAGUGGCAGAUGUAUAAAAACUCCUGCAAAUCUAUUGACAACAGAUGAUGACGAUGAUCCUCCUAAAAAAAUAUCUAAGCAGAGCGCAAGUGUAAAACAACAGCUGGAUCAAUUAAAAGCAUUAGCGAAAAAAAUUAAACUUAAUGAUUCGCAGAGUCACAAAUCAACAUCAAUCAAGGAUUUAAAAAAACCAGCAGAACCAUUAAAUACACAAGUUAAACCUGGAAAAUCAGAAAGUUCUACAUCAAAAGCAAACAAGGAUCGUUACUUAUUCCCACCAUCUACAUUGAAAACUGUUAAAUCCAAAAAGGGUGAUACUCAACCAACAAAAACCGUUCUUGGUUGCGGUUCUCCGCAAUCUGUUCCAUGUAACAAGAGACCACCAGCCGCUUCCCCAGAUGAUAUUUCUGUGAUCGAUGAACUUGCAAAUUGUUUAAAGAGUUCAGACAAAGUACCAGUACUUUGCAACUUCAGGUUUUUUCGAUUUUUGAUAAAGGAAAGGAAAAUCAGCUUCAGACAGAUGGACUUUCAAAUUUGGAAUUGAUGGGAAAUACGGGGUGUUUUCGUUGUAUACACUCUGAGUGCUCUGAGAGAAGGAAAAGGUGCUCAACUAUUAUGAAAACUUGGUUAGUGUAAUGAUCGGUGGCAGAUCGGUUCGGUGUGUCAAUCAACACUGCAUGGAGGUGUACAAUGAAGGUGUACAAUAAAAAAAAAGCGUUCUGCUUGCUAAAAGGUCGCUGUCGCAGGAUGAAAUAUAUUUAUUUACAAAAAGUUAAAUAUGGAUCUCUAAUGAUUGCUGCAUGUUGUGUACUGCACAACAUAUGUCUUGAUUUAGAUGAUGAAGUAAACGAAGACAUAUUGAAUGAAGUGGGAAAUGUUGAAUAUGAAGAAGAAGGUGACCAAAACAUUGAAGAUAGGGGAAACAAUCUUCCUGGCCAAGAAAAAAGAGACGCAAUUGCGGAAAUGCUUUUGGAAAUGAGAAGGCCUUAAAGUUUUAAUCGGUUAAUGCACCCAGAGAAAAAUGUUAUUUAAUGAGAGACUACAACGAUAUUUUCUGUUAUGUGAAACAAAUUUUAUAGUAAUUUUUUGAGAGCAAU